AUAUUUUCAGUUGUAACCAAGGCCCUUUUAUUUGUUCGUCAACAAUUUGUUAGUCGGACCACGUGAGCGUGAUAACGUACAAAACCAAAAUUACAAUACUUUUUCUAUAAAAAAGUUGAUUGGGGUAAUAAAUCUGCAAACUGGGAAACUCAAUAUCUGCAACCAAUCAAAGGUUGAAGAUUGAAGACGGAGAAAAAUAGGCGCCAGUAUUUGCUUUGCUCUCUCUCUCUCUCUCUCUAAUACUUUCUCUCUCUACUCUUUGGAGCCUACUUGCAACGUCUUCUUUUUCUUCCUUUAAAUAAAAAACAAAGUUAAAUAGAGGAUUCAGAGUCGAUACAAUACAAAUAUAUUUAUGUACACAGAGAGGUCAACACACACUCAUAAAUCUCUAUUCACCAACUCCCUUUCUUCUUCCUCAAGCGGCUCCGAUUUCACGACCAAGCACAUCAGACAUUUUAUGGAUAAAGCAGGACUUGGCAAGGAGGCUCCUGAAGAAGUGACUCGUGAGUCGCUUAUUGCCAUUUCGUACUCCUUACCAGAGAAGAAUCUCACUUCAAAACUCUCUUCUGGAAAGUUGAAUGGCGAGGCAAUAGAUACUGAUGGAGAAGAGAAGUUUAGGUCUGAGCUGAUCUCCAUUUCGUAUACAGAGUCACCGGAAGUUGGAGGCUUACCUGUUACCAUGGGAGAACUUAACGGCUAGGGUGCAGGCGGUUCCUGUUGUAAUAGAAACCGAGUAAUACUGUGUGCAUGGACUUGUACUGUGGAAGUUGUUUGCAUGUUCUGUAAAAUAAACCUUAAAAGAGUUCCUUGAGACAAUGAAUGAAAAAACUUCCUGUC